AUGCUCAUCGUGAUACACUCGGCUCCCGCAAACGUAGAGAAACGCACAGCUAUACGUGCCACAUGGGGCAGCGAAUCAAUAAUAUCAGGGAAUUCUACACUACGUUUGCUCUUUCUCUUUGGUCGCGCGGAUAAUGAAGAUGAGCAGUUGCAGCUGUUGCAGGAACAAGGACUUUAUGGCGACGUGUUGCAGGGCAACUUUCGCGAUGCCUACUUCAAUCUGAGCUACAAGCAUGUGAUGGCCCUCAAAUGGUUCGACAAUUAUUGCCAAACGGCGCAAUUGCUGCAGAAAGUCGACGAUGACAUCUAUGUGAAUACGCCGCUUCUGUUGCAACGACAACCUGCAUUGUUGCACCAACAACAACCGCGGGAGUUGCUGUUGUGUGCCCGUCAGGACAAUGCCCGCGUCUUGCGAUCGUAUUCAUCCAAGUGGCGUGUCAGUUUCAGGGAAUACGCUGACCGCUUCUAUCCGCCCUUUUGCCCCGGAUUCGCUGUCGUCUACUCCGCGAAUGUGGUGCAUCGCCUCUAUGGAGCUGCUCAGCGUUCCAGCUUCUUUCGUUUGGAUGAUGUGUUCGUCACGGGAUUGCUUGCGAAACGUUGUAAUAUUUCCAUUACGGAUCUAACGUCAUAUGUGCUUUAUCCGCAGGAAUUGCAGACGCUGCUCAGCGUUGGAAGCGUUGGAAGCGUUGGAGCGCAACAGCGUGAGUUUCUAGUGUCGUGGCACAAGAUGUCUGCACAGCAGAUAAAAGAACUCUGGCUGCUCGACGGCAAGAACAAUGCCAGCAAAUUGAUGAGGAGUAUCGAGAGAGAAAGAGCAGCAAAAAGCCUCAAUUCAUUAUAG